AUGCAAACUGUGUUCUCGAAAGCACAAGGAAAAUUCACGCCAGCAGGCCUCUAUCAAUCGUCAGUCUGUGAAGGGAGCCCCGGAGCAAUCACUCCUGUGGGCAAAGGUGCCCAGAGUGGUCUUCCUGGAGUGCCUUGCCCUUUUCUCGCGUUGUUUCCUGGUGUCGCGAGAUCAGACAUCAACUGUACCCAGAAGCACUCUGGGCUGAGAUCGUGCCCCUGGAAGCCUCACGUUGAGAGGGGUGCGUCCUCCGCGCUUCUGAGGUACACACGGGCCAUGGGAGCACUAAGCAGUCGGAUGUGGUGGCGCAGGGGGGCACGUGCCCCAGAGCAGCCAGGUGCGGGUGGGGAGCAGUUGGAGGCGGCGGAGGCGGCCAUGGCUGUGGCGGAUGACGUGGAGGAGGAGAGAGAAGAUGGCGGCCCAGCCCCCCGUCCGGGCCCUGUCAAGCGGAAGACAGACUCGGGGGGGUCUCCUGAAAAACAGCCCCACCAGAAACGCAGCAAAGCCUGUUCAGAUUCCGUUUACGAGGCCCUCUUCCUCCGGGGGGAAGGCAGCGACGUGCAGAUCUGCGCACUAGGGGAGGUGUGGAACCUGCACAGGGUCUACUUGCGCCGGUCAGGUUACUUUGCUAGCAUGUUCAGUGGUGCUUGGAGGGAGGCAACCAUGAAUACUAUCGAGUUGCACAUGCCUGACGAGAACAUUGACCUUGAGGCACUGCACGAAGCUUUUGGCUCCCUGUACGAAUACUCCGUGUUCAUUCCACCCAGUCGAGUCAUCCCUGUCCUGGCCACGGCCAGCAUGCUGCAGCUGGACGCGCUGAUUCAGCAGUGUGGGGAGAUCAUGAAGGAGACUCUCAGUGUCGACACCGCAUGCAGCUACUACUACUCUGCUGAGAGCUACGGCCUCCCAAACAUCAGGGCCAUGUGCUUCCAGUGGCUGCUGGACAACCUGAUGACUCACCAUAGCGAGGAACUAGUGCGAGAAGUCAGCCUGUAUAUCAUGCAAGAGCUCAUUGCCUCUUCAGAGCUCAUCGUGAUGGAAGUGGAGAUGGAUGUGUACACCAUGCUGAAGAAGUGGAUGUAUUUGCAGCUGCAGCCGAAAUGGAGGGGCCCCCGCAGAGCCUUAUUGUCCGAUGCCAACCUGUGGUUUGCUAGGGCCAAGAUGGAGUCAGAAGGCACCCCUUUUCUGGAGACUGAGCAGGGCAGAGCCUUCGUGCCAGUGUUCCAGCAUCUGCGGCUGGCCUACAUAGUUUGUGACCUCCCAUCAGCACGCAUCCUUGACCAGGAUGCGCUGAUCCCUGCCACAUGGCUGACUCCAGUGUACAAAGAGCAAUGGCUUGCCCUUCUCCGGGCUGAGCAAACUAGGGAGCUCGGGCCCACUGAUGCCCACGUGUCCAGCUUCCAGGGGAACAGCAUGCGGUGCGGGCACCAGCUCCACAGGGAAGAGCCAUGCAACUGGCGGUGGGCAGGCUUCAACUUUGGCUGGGACCUGGUGGUGUGCUACGCCAAUAGGCGCAUCAUCUUCAGGCGCAGUGCAAUGAACAAUUCCCAAGGCCUAGGGGUCAGCUUUCUCUGGCAGAGAAAGAUUGCGUUCCGCAUGUUCCUGGUUUCCUUGGAUAGGACUGGAAGAGCCAUGUUUAGGAAGGUCACAGAAUACCAGAUUCUCUCCCUGGGAAAAGAUGAAGAGCUAGAGGUAGUGAACCUGGAGAACCAAGAUGUGGUUUUCCCAAUAUAUGUGGCCUGUAACUUCCUGUACCUCCCCAGAGAGGGGCGCUGUCCAGACUAA